GCGACAAAUGUUAUUCACGUGUACAACUAAGUGGACUCCCGGGAAUUUAUUCUGUCUCAGAGACUGAGAGACGAAUUAAUCACUUUUUCUAAUUAUUCAGAGUUGCAAUACUUUGGAAAAUGUUGGCAUUAGUUUCAAACACUUCAAAUCCGCCUAUAGCGGCACUCCUCACAGCUGAGUGCGUGACAGGGAAGGUGAAGGUGGAAUGGGGAUCUGCUAACGCCCUCAAGCUAUCUGAUGCUGUGACAUUGACAUCGUCUACAGCUAUCAGUCGUUACCUGGCUAGGACUACUCCUGAGAGUGGUCUCUAUGGUAAGACCAGCCUGGAAGCUUCUGAGGUUGACCACUGGUUGGACUUUGCCAACAUCCGUGUUGGGUCAUCCUCGGACUUUCACCAGGCUGUGGCCUACCUGGACAAGAUCCUUGGCCCAAGGACAUUCCUGGUUGGACAUGAGCUGACCAUUGCUGAUUUUGCAGUGUGGGGUGCCUUGAAAGGGAGUAAUCCAUGGAGUAAGAUGGUGACCCAAGGGAAAGCCCCUACCAACGUGAUGCGAUGGUUCAGCUUCUUAGGAUCCCAAGACCAGUUCCAGAAGGUCAUCAAUGCCCUACCCGAGUCUGCCAGACAAGAAUUGAGUAGCAAGAAGAAGGAUGUAGGUGGGUACGUAGAGCUUCCAGGAGCCGAGAUGGGCAAGGUUGUAGUCAGGUUCCCACCAGAAGCUAGUGGAUAUCUGCACAUUGGUCAUGCUAAGGCAGCCUUAUUGAACCAGUAUUACCAGCUGGCCUUUGAAGGCAAGUUGGUCAUGAGAUUUGAUGAUACCAACCCUGCCAAGGAGAACAUGGAAUUUGAGAAGGUUAUCCUUGAAGAUGUAGCCAUGCUUGGUAUCAAACCAGACAUCUUCACCCAUACGUCUGAUUCCUUUGAUCUGAUCCAAUCCUAUGCUGAGAAGCUGAUCAAGGAAGGCAAGGCCUACGCUGAUGACACCGAGCCUGAGGCCAUGAAGAAGGAGCGAGAGCAGAGGGUAUACUCCAAGAACUGGCAUAAUUCUGUAGAGAAGAACUUUGAGAUGUGGAACGAGAUGGUGAAGGGAAGCGCCACAGGUCAGAAAUGUUGUCUUCGGCUCAAGAUUGACAUGAAGUCUGACAACGGCUGUCUGAGGGAUCCAACCAUGUACCGCUGUAAGAAUGAAGUCCAUGUACGCACUGGUACCAAGUACAAGGUGUAUCCAACCUAUGACUUUGCUUGCCCGAUCGUUGAUAGCGUGGAGGGGGUGACACACGCUCUACGUACCACUGAAUAUCAUGACAGAGAUCCACAGUUUGAUUUCAUCAUUGAUGUGCUAGGUCUACGCAAACCACAUGUAUGGGAGUAUAGCAGACUCAACCUACAAUAUACUCUGCUCUCUAAGAGAAAGCUCACCUGGUUUGUGGAGAAUGGAUUGGUAGAUGGAUGGGAUGAUCCUCGGUUCCCAACUGUACGUGGCAUCCUCAGGAGAGGCAUGACUGUGGAGGGACUGAAGCUCUUCAUCAAUGCUCAGGGAUCCUCGAGAUCUGUUGUGAUGAUGGAAUGGGAUAAGCUAUGGAGCUUCAACCGAAAGGUCAUUGACCCCAUCGCUCCAAGGUUCACAGGUGUUGUUCGAGAUGGAGCUGUUCCAGUCACAGUAUCCAAUGCCCCGGAAGAGUGUAGAGAGGUAGCAAAACAUCCCAAGAAUGCUGAUGUAGGCAUGAAGAAGAUGUGGAUCAGUAAGAAGGUCUUCAUUGACCAGGAAGAUGCAGCAACCUUCUCAGAUGGUCAAAUUGUGACCUUCAUCAAUUGGGGCAACCUCAACAUCAAGAAGAUUGUCAAGGCAUCAGAUGGGAAAGUUCAGUCAGUUGAGGCAGAGUUUGAUGCAGAUAACAAGAACUUCAAGAACACAAUCAAAGUGACAUGGUUGGGCGAGACCGAGAAGGCUCCGUUCAUAGAGGCUGUCAUGAUCCAUUAUGAUAACAUCAUCACCAAGGGCAUUCUGGGUAAAGAUGAAGACUUCAAGGACUACGUCAACAAGAAAUCAAGGGAGGAUACAAGUAUCAUUGGUGACCCUGAGCUAGCAUCAGUCAAGAAAGGUGAAAUCGUCCAGAUCCAGAGGAAAGGUUUCUUCAUUUGUGAUCAGGCAUAUGAACCACAGAGUCGACACACAAGUCGUGCUACACCGUGUAUCCUGAUCAACAUCCCUGAUGGUCAUACCAAGAGCCAAACUUCUUCAGGUUCAGCAGCUGCAGCAGCUGAUAAGGGUAAGAAAGCGCCAAAACAGAGUAAGAAGGAGACGGUGAAGAGUGCCCCUGCAGCUGUGGCGCCCUCUACGGGAGAUGGCAGUGACUUGGUCGCAAAGAUCACAGCUCAAGGUGACAAGGUCAGAGCCCUCAAGUCCGCCAAGGCCCCAAAGACUGAAAUAGAUGCUGUAGUUAAGGUCCUUCUUGCACUGAAGGCAGACUAUAAGAAUCAGACUGGACAGGACUAUAAACCAGGAGCAGCCCCAGCCAAGGCCGCCGAGACUGCGGAGACCCCUAAAGCCGAGACUGGUGGUGUAGAUGGUUUGGUGGCCAAGAUCACAGAGCAAGGGGACAAAGUCAGGACUCUCAAGAGCAACAAAGCUGCCAAGGCUGAGAUUGAUGCCGCAGUGAAGACUCUGCUAGCUCACAAGGCAGACUACAAGAAAGCGACUGGCAAGGACUACAAACCAGGAGCAGCUCCUGCCUCCUCCGCUCCUGCCGUCAAAAAGGAGAAUGCUCCUCCUGCAUCGGGAGGUCCAGAGGUAGACGCCAUUGUUGCAAAGAUCACGACCCAGGGAGAUAAAGUCCGUACACUCAAGUCAAGUAAAGCUGACAAGGGAGAAAUAGAUGCUGCAGUGAAGACUCUGCUAGCUCACAAGGCAGAUUACAAGAAAGCGACUGGCAAGGACUACAAACCAGGAGCAGCUCCUGCCUCCUCCGCUCCUGCUGUCAAGAAGGAGAAUGCUCCUCCUGCAUCAGGAGGUCCAGAGGUAGACACCAUUGUUGCAAAGAUCACAAGCCAGGGAGAUAAAGUCCGUACACUCAAGUCAAGUAAAGCUGACAAGGGAGAAAUAGAUGCUGCAGUGAAGACUCUGCUAGCUCACAAGGCAGACUACAAGAAAGCGACUGGCAAGGACUACAAACCAGGAGCAGCUCCUGCCUCCUCCGCUCCUGCCGUCAAGAAGGAGAAUGCUCCUCCUGCAUCAGGAGGUCCAGAGGUAGACACCAUUGUUGCAAAGAUCACAAGCCAGGGAGAUAAAGUCCGUACACUCAAGUCAAGCAAAGCUGACAAGGGAGACAUAGAUGCCGCAGUGAAAGCACUGCUAGAAUUGAAAGCUGACUACAAGGGUCUGACUGGCUCAGACUACAAGCCUCCAGGCGGCUCCUGCGAUAGAGGCAAGAGCAAGGAGAAGAAAGAGAAGCAGAACAAGGCAGGUGGAGCCAAGCAGAAAGGAGGUGGAGCAGAGAGUAAGGAGAGCACGGCUGAGGGAGACUCUAAGAAGCAGACUAGACUAGGACUAGAAGCAAAGAAGGGAGAAGAUCUCAGUGAAUGGUAUUCACAGGUAAUCACCAAGUCUGAGAUGAUUGAGUACUAUGAUGUGAGCGGUUGCUACGUGCUUCGUCCCUGGUCCUACUCCAUCUGGGAGAAGAUCGUUGCUUUCUUUGACGCUGGGAUCAAGGAGCUUGGGGUGGAGAACACCUACUUCCCCAUCUUUGUAUCCCAGGCAGCGCUGGAACGUGAGAAGGAACAUAUCGCUGACUUCUCACCAGAGGUUGCCUGGGUAACUAGAAGUGGUCAAUCUGAGCUCGCUGAACCAAUUGCCAUCCGACCAACCAGUGAAACUGCGAUGUACACGUCCUAUUCUAAGUGGGUGCAGUCGCACAGAGAUCUACCCAUCAAACUCAACCAGUGGUGCAACGUUGUGAGAUGGGAGUUCAAGCAUCCGCAGCCCUUCCUGCGCACUCGUGAGUUCCUGUGGCAGGAAGGCCAUACAGCAUGGGCUAACAGGGAGGAAUGCGUGGAGGAAGUCUACACCAUCUUAGAGCUCUAUGCACAGGUGUAUGAACACCUGCUAGCCAUCCCGGUGGUCAGGGGCGAGAAGACCCUCAAAGAGAAGUUUGCUGGUGGUGAUUUCACUACCACCGUGGAAGCCUUCAUCAAGGCCAGUGGUAGAGCUAUUCAGGGAGCUACAUCUCACCAUCUAGGACAGAACUUUGCCAAGAUGUUUGACAUCAAGUUUGAGGAUCCUGAUGUGCCGAAUGCCCACAAGUAUGUGUUCCAGAACUCGUGGGGUAUAACCACCCGAACCAUUGGUGUGAUGUGUAUGGUGCAUGGAGAUGAUCAAGGUCUGGUGCUGCCACCAAGAGUAGCUUGUGUUCAGGCUAUCGUCAUACCGUGUGGCAUCACAGCCAAGACUACCGAUGAGCAGAAAAACAAACUUCUAGACAAGUGCCAUAACUAUGUGAAGAUCCUGAAGGCUGGUGGAAUCAGAGCUCAGAGUGAUCUCAGAGAUAACUACUCUCCUGGAUGGAAGUUCAACCAUUGGGAACUCAAGGGAGUGCCAGUCCGUAUUGAGAUUGGACCACGUGACAUGAGCAAGCAGGAGUUCAUCGCUUGCAGACGAGACAAUGGAGCCAAGACCACCUUCCCUGAGGCUCAAUCAGUUGCCAAGGUUACUGAGCUGCUCGAUCAGAUCCAAAAUGACAUGUUUGCUAAUGCUAAGAAGGAUCUUGAUGGUCACAUUGCAGUGACCAGCUCCUGGAACGAGUUCUGCGAUAGACUGGAUGAAAAGAAGCUUCUCCUUGUUCCAUACUGCGGUGAUAUUCCAUGUGAAGACAGGAUCAAGAAAGACAGUGCAAGAGACCGAGAUAUGGUAGAAGGGGCUCCCUCUAUGGGUGCGAAAGCAUUGUGCAUCCCAUUCAAGCAGCCAGCGGAGAUCGCUCCUGGUACGCACUGCAUACUCCCAGACUGUAAGAAUGAUGCCAAGAAGUACACGCUCUUUGGACGUAGCUACUAGAGUGAUCCACCCCUUCCACCCUGACACAAUAUAAACCACUGCCCCCCCCCCCCUCCCCUAUUUAAUCAUGUGCACUCAUAUUCCUAUCCAAUCCUUGCCCCAUUAAGGCUAUCAAAAUGAAUUUUGAUACUCAUUGGUACAUACUUUUCUAUUUAAUGGCAGUUACUAAGAUUAAAUACUGUAAACAUGCUCCUUUUUGUUAUGAGGUGUUCAUUAUUGACCAUUACAGUAUGGUGUGCCAUUCUGCUAGGAUAUGCCUGUUGGGUACACACUUUUAGAAAGUAGCUUAAAAAUUUAUUUAUUUUCCUCACUAAUUCUUAGCUCUGUUGCAAGUCUGAAAGAAAUCUUGGUCGAAAUUGUUUUCUAUUAUUUUUGUGUAAUGAAUGAACUAGGGUCAGUGUUAAUUAAUAUGACUUCAUUUGGUGCACACUUUAUAAUAUUGUAUAUGAAAUUAUGGACCCAUAUUUUUUCAUAUACAUUCAAGACAUAUUUUUCUUAGGCUGAUAUUUAACUAACCUAGUAAGUUUAGAUCUUAUUGUAAUAGACAAGAAGUAUACAGGUAAUCCAGGUAUUAAGUUAUUUUCAUGUUUUAUUCGAAGCACUGAACUAGAGCUUUUUUUUAAACACAAAAACACGAACACACAACAAAGAAUUGAUACUUUAACUUCCAAUGAAUGACAUGCAUGAGGGAAUUACAUUAUAACUAAGAGCAAAUUUCUCUUGGCCACGAAACAUACCAAUACAGUUUAUCAUUCCGUGUUUGGGACAGUACCAUGUCAGCAAUAGAGAAAAAACUCAGCUAAUUGUUGAGUUACUUAUAUCUACUACCACACAUAUAUGAAUAAUAUGUUUCAUAUUUGAUUCCAUAUCAAUAUUUGUUGCUGAAGUUUGGAUCCUAACACAUAAUUAUUAUGAACUUUCCAAAUCACAAGUUGUGUAGAACGAUGUAAUGGGACCGAAAUUUGUUUAAAACUUGCCAUUCUGUCACCAACAUUCUUUUGUUGCUCAUAUUUUCUUGGAAAGGACAAAGUUCUUUGUGAUAGUAAUAUUUCCUUAAUUUGGCUGGGCUACUUAACAAAUAUUGGGAGGAUAUUGUGAAUUGAUAUACCAUUUUAAUUUUAGUCUAUAUCAUACUUGUAUGCCCUUCUUUAUGAAUAUGCCUAGCUGUCAUUCAUGUAGCCGGGACAUGUUAAAUUCAGGCAUGACAUUUUAUUUGGUUCAUCAGAAAUAUAUCUAUUGCAGUUUCCUCAAGAUUACUAUACUCAAUUAAUACUCGGUAUUCAACUCAAAAGUAUAUCAUUGAAAGCACUUUCUACAUUGCCUUGGUUCAGGAGCAAUGACUUGGUCGUGACAGUUAAAAAUCAAAAGCAUUUGUCGCAUUUUCUUAACAGGAAUGAAAGUAUCACAUGUGAUGACAGAUGAUUGCUAGUGAAAGUUUCAAACUUUCAAAUCAUGUUGAAUUUCAGAAUUCAUAAUAUAUCCACCGUGCAUUGAAAUUUAUUGCAUAAGGAGCAUUAUUUAUAGAUGUUUUAGCAGAAAAUAAAAUUUACUUUGAUAUCCCUA